CAGCUGUGGUGGCAACAUCUUCUCUCUUAAGGCCAAAGAGGGGGUGGUGGGGUAUAGAUGUCCCCAUUCUUUUAUCAGCACGAGAAAAUCCACACCUUUCUUUAUCAGCCAUAGCAUUCUUAAAUUCCCGCUUCUUAUUGAAUUCCUGUCUCUUUCUUUACUCUUAAGAGGGAAACUGUGUGUAUCCUCUGCGUGUUUUGUGUGUGUGUGUGUGUGUACAUCAAAUAGAGUUAUGUCUACAGAAGAAGAAAAAGUGAGUUUAGAGAGAGAAAAUGUAGUAGAGAAAGAGAGUGAAGAAGGUAGAAAGAGUGUAAAAGGGGGAGGAGUUAAAGGCGGCGUUGUGGUGGUAAUGGACACUCCAGAGAGGAAAAAGAACCAGAUCGCAACACCUAUUUCCAAAUUUGAGGAGUCCCCUGUUUUUAAUUUCCUUAACAACCUUUCCCCCAUCAAACUAGAUAAGUCCGCACACUUUACUCAGACGCUCAAUUCCCUUAGUUUUGCAUCUAUACCGUCUGUGUUCACCUCACCUCAUGUCAGCUCCAUAAGGGAAUCUAGAUUCCUAAGAAGGCACCUGCUCUCAGAUCCAUCAAAACCGGAGUUUGCUUCUGAUAAUGGUGUUAAAGUUGAUACUGAUGAGGGUAUGUUAGAUGCUGUAAAUAACUCAAUUGAGCCCAAGGAAAGUUUUGGUUGUGGGAUUUCUGGGGGUGAAGCACCGGCUUCACCAUCCCAUGAAUGCUCAAAGCUUGCAGUUGAGCUUGCAAGAAGUCUAAAUUAUGAGUGCAGCAGUCCCAGUACUUUACCGACUGGGGGCAUAAGAGGUAAGAGUUUGCCAGAAUUUGCAGGCACUUCUGUGACAUAUGUCCCUUUGGUACAAGAGAUAUCUGGAAAAGGUUUGCUGAGGUGUGAGGUUAAUAUGGACGGGACAAAUGAAAUUGUUCAAGAUAAAGAAGAAGCUUCAGGAUGUGAUUGGGAGAGUUUGAUUACUGAUGCUACGGAUCUACUAAUCUUUGACUCACCUGGUGACCCUGAGGCUUUCACGAAAGCAUCAGGUGCUAAUUUUAGGACCUUUGAAUAUGUCUCAAAUGAAAUGCAGAAUGUGCAACAUUUUACUCAGGUUAGUACCAGUGAAUGUGGUGGAGAUGGAAGUGAAACAGAGAAACCAUCUACUCAACCCGGGGAGGAAAGUCAACUCAAGGAAUAUGCUGACGCUGAAAACACGAAACCUGAUGCUUCUCUAACCAAUGACGGCAUGUGUGUCGGUCAAAGUGAAAAAAAUGAUAAUGAGAUGGUCUCUGCUUUAUACCGUGGAAUGAGAAGACGCUGUCUAGUGUUCGAGAUGGUGGGACCUCGAAGAAAGCAUAUAGAUGAAGGUUCUGGUUCUUCUGCUGCACAAGAAGCUGAUGGGAACGUUGCCUCCAACGAUAAGCAACUAGUACCUUCUAAGACUGUAAAUGAAUAUCCGCGAUGCACUUUACCUGGAAUUGGCUUGCAUUUAAAUUCCCUUACAGCAUCCUCAAAAGAUGGCAAAGUUGUCAAGCAAGAAGCUAAUGCUUCCGGGAAACAGCUUGUAAUAGCAUCCGGCUCAUCUAUCACUCUUCAUUCUUCGGUUACUGGUCAAGAAUCUCUGGUUAAAUCUCUGCCUGAAACCUCUAGAGGAGGAGAAAUUGUUCCUUUUGAGAAUAGUUUACCCCUUAUGGAGGAUGUUUUCCAGGCACCUGGAUAUGUAAAUAGUGAAGAGUCUAACCAGACUAGUCCGAAGAAAAAGAGGCGUCGUUUGGAAACUGGAGAAGGUGAAUCAUGCAAGCGCUGUAACUGUAAAAAAUCAAAAUGCUUGAAACUUUACUGUGAAUGUUUUGCUGCUGGAGUCUACUGUGUGGAGCCAUGUGCAUGUCAAGACUGCUUCAACAAGCCUAUUCAUGAAGAUACUGUCCUUGCAACUCGCAAACAAAUCGAAUCACGAAACCCUCUUGCUUUUGCUCCUAAAGUGAUAAGGACCACCGACUCUCUUUCUGAAACAACAGGGGAUGAUUCCAGCAAGACUCCUGCCUCAGCUCGUCACAAGAGAGGAUGCAACUGCAAGAAAUCUGGCUGCCUGAAGAAAUAUUGUGAAUGCUAUCAGGGUGGGGUCGGAUGCUCCAUCAACUGCAGAUGUGAAGGAUGCAAGAAUGCAUUUGGCAGAAAGGAUGGUUCUAUUUACAUAGGCACAGAUGGGGAUGCAGAGGAAGAGGAAACAGAUGCAUAUGAAAAGAGUAUUGUCGAUAGAACAUCUCAUAAGAACCUUGUACAGAGUGAUGUCGAGCAGAAUCCAGAUUCUGGCCCCCCUGCUACACCAUUAAAUUUUGGAAGACCACCAAUGCAGCUCCCAUUUUCACUGAAGAACAAACCGCCUCGAUCAUCAUUUCUAUCUAUCGGAUCCUCAUCUGGUGGUAUAUAUGCUGCUGGCCAAGGGGUUGGAAGGGCGAAUUUCUUUCAACCUCAACCAAAGUUUGACAAGCCAUUUGAGUCGGUUCAAGUUCAAGAAGAUGAAAUGCCUGAGAUACUCCAAGGGACUAAGUCUCCAGUCAGUGGCAUUAAGACAGCCUCUCCGAACAGGAAGAGAGUUUCUCCUCCUCAUUGUAACUAUGGGAAUUCACAUUCGCAUUCACCUGGUCGUCGAAGCAGCCGCAAGUUGAUACUGCAAUCCAUCCCUUCAUUUCCCUCCCUCACUCCCAACCCUUGAAGAUCAUCCACCACCACCAGUAGGUGAACUUGGAAGGCAAUUUUUUAAAAUCUUUAUUGUUGUAGUUAUUAGUUUAGUUUAGUACACCUCCAUGGACCUUCGAGGCGCCCUUGUGCUUGUAUAAUAGCGUUGUUAUUUCCUAAAUAACCUUGUUUUCUCCUUAAUAAUGAAUCAAAGUUGUUGAUGUA